CCAAAAGGGGGAAAAUCAGCUUCUUCUUCCCCGCUCCACCCCACCCCACCAGCCACCCAACUCAACAUUUCUUCUUCCCACGCCGCUGCACCACCACCGGCUCACCCUUCUUGCACCACCACCGGCUCACCCUUCUUGCACCACCACCGGCUCACCCACACACAACUCUCUCCUAUCUCUCUCACUAAGAAAUGGGUGGUGUCAGACGGCGGCGGUGACGAGGGAGAGCAAUUUGAAAGAGUAGGUGGGUGGCGGUGGUGCGAGACGGGCCAGAAGGCGGCGGUGGUGCUAGAUGUACCAGAAGGCGGCGGUGGUGCUAGGUGGGCCAGAAGGCGGCGGCGAUGCCGGACUUUUCCUGGUUGGGAGGUGGGCGGCGGAAAUGAAACGGGGAAGAGGAGAUGUUCCUAAUUUUGCAAUUUUGAAAAUUUUAAAAUUUACAAUUUGGCCCUAUAAAUUAUAGUUAUUUAUAAUUUAAUCUGACAGAUUUCUUUUUUGUUUAUACAGGGGUAUUUAUGACAUUUCACCCUAGAAAUGACAUGAAAAUUCGCACAGCCCGCGAGUGAGAGACACGAAUUCCAUUAAGGGGUCUAGAUGCAUUGACUUUGAUUACAUAGGGGGGUGUUGGUUUUCUUGGAAAGAAUCCGUGAUCAGAAUCGUAUAAUUUCUCGGUAUGCAAGCGUCGUUUCGCAGUUUCUGCAACGAUAUCUGUAGCCAUUAAAGGGGCUUGUAAUAAAAAAAGAUUGGUUACAUGGGUUAUCUGAAUUCAGUUUUGUCGCAAUCUACGAGCCAAGUCCUCGUCGACGAUGCUCCGGUCAGCGGCGGUGGCCUUAGUCAAAAUGGGAAGUUCAGCUAUGGAUAUGCAAGUUCUCCAGGCAAAAGAUCUUCAAUGGAGGAUUUCUACGAGACGAGAAUUGAUGGUGUUGACGGGAAUGUCGUUGGUCUCUUUGGUGUCUUUGAUGGUCAUGGGGGAGCUCGAGCGGCACAAUAUGUGAAACAGAAUCUUUUCAGUAAUCUGAUCAGCCACCCAAAGUUCAUUUCCGAUACCAAAUCAGCUAUCGCCGAUGCGUACAAUCAUACAGACUCGGAAUUCUUGAAAUCUGAAAAUAACCAGAACAGAGAUGCUGGUUCAACUGCUUCCACCGCUAUCCUUGUUGGCGACCGUUUAUUGGUCGCAAAUGUUGGGGAUUCAAGAGCUGUUAUUUGCAGGGGUGGUAACGCUAUUGCAGUCUCCCGAGAUCACAAACCGGAUCAAACAGAUGAGAGACAAAGAAUCGAAGAUGCUGGAGGUUUUGUCAUGUGGGCAGGAACUUGGAGAGUCGGAGGAGUUCUUGCAGUUUCUCGUGCAUUUGGUGAUCGACUGCUCAAGCAGUAUGUCGUUGCUGAUCCAGAAAUUCAGGAGGAAAAAGUUGAUAAUACCCUCGAGUUUCUCAUCCUUGCAAGUGACGGACUAUGGGACGUAGUAACAAACGAGGUACUACUACAUUUUAAUAUCAAAUUUUGCGGGUGA